AAAAAAAGUCAGGAAGAAAGGAUGAGAUGUAUGGUCUGAUGGCCGACGGCCGACGGCCUCCAUCACCGCAUCUCUAGUUUUCUCAUUUAAAAUUCGGGCAGGUCUCUCCCUUCACCCUUCUUUUCUUUCCCCCCCAUUCAGCCACAUUACACUUCCUCGAGUCUCUCCCCUCUUUUCCUUGCAUCUUUUUGUAUCUUUAUCUAGUAGAAGUUUUACGUCUUUCUUUGCAACAUGGCUACCACAAACGAUUUCCCCAGCAGCGAUGUCAACAACUAUGACUAUAUUAUCGUCGGAGGUGGCACGGCAGGCUGUGUCAUUGCUAGCCGCCUGGCCGAGUACCUUCCCAACAAGCGUAUCCUUGUUAUUGAGGGUGGUCCCAGCGACUUCAACGAUGACCGGGUUCUCAACCUGAGGGAGUGGCUCAACUUGUUGGGAGGCGAGCUGGACUACGACUACCCCACCACCGAACAACCUAUGGGUAAUAGCCAUAUCCGUCACUCGCGCGCCAAGGUCCUCGGUGGUUGCUCUAGCCACAACACCCUGAUCUCUUUCCGUCCUUUCGAAUAUGACUGCCAGAGGUGGGAACAGCAAGGUUGCAAGGGCUGGUCCUUUGGGACCUUCACUCGCGUUUUGGACAACUUGCGCAAUACCGUCCAACCUGUACACGCCCGUCAUCGCAACCAGCUCUGCAAGGACUGGGUUCAGGCUUGCUCGUCUGCCAUGAACAUCCCCAUCAUUCCCGACUUCAACAAGGAGAUCCGUCUGAAUGGUGAAUUGACCGAGGGUGUUGGCUUUUUCAACAUCUCUUACAACCCGGACGAUGGCCGUCGCAGCAGCGCCAGUGUCGCUUAUAUCCACCCCAUCCUGCGUGGUGAGGAGAAGCGUCCUAACUUGACCAUUCUAACCAAUGCUUGGGUGUCCCGUGUGAACGUUGAAGGCGAUGCUGUUACUGGUGUCAAUGUAACCCUGCAGUCUGGCGCCAAGCACACCCUGCGAGCUAAAAGGGAAACCAUCCUUUGUGCCGGUGCCGUGGACACUCCUCGUCUGCUGCUACUGUCCGGAUUGGGUCCUCAACAGCAACUGAGCUCGCUGGGCAUCCAGGUGGUCAAGGACAUCCCUGGUGUCGGUGAAAACCUCGUUGAUCACCCCGAGAGUAUCAUUAUGUGGGAGCUUAACCGCCCCGUGCCCCCUAACCAGACCACCAUGGACUCCGAUGCUGGCAUCUUCUUACGCCGCGAGCUUCCCAAUGCCGCUGGCUCCGAUGGCCGCUGUGCGGAUGUUAUGAUGCACUGUUACCAGAUCCCCUUCGACUAUAACACCAGCCGCCUCGGAUAUGAUACUCCUGUUAAUGCUUUCUGCAUGACACCCAACAUUCCUCGCCCCCGCUCCCGUGGCCGCAUCUACCUGACCUCGGCUGACCCCAAUGUGAAGCCGGCGUUGGACUUCCGGUACUUCACUGACCCUGAGGGUUAUGAUGCUGCCACUAUCGUUGCUGGUCUCAAGGCAGCCCGUGAGAUCGCCAAGGAAGCCCCCUUCAAGAAUUGGAUCAAGCGUGAGGUCGCCCCCGGCCCCAAGAUCCAGACUGAUGAGGAGCUGUCUGAAUAUGGCCGUCGUGCGGCCCACACCGUCUAUCACCCUGCUGGAACUACCAAGAUGGGCGAUGUCUACCGUGACCCUCUGGCUGUCGUCGACCCUCAGCUGAAGAUCCGUGGUCUGAAGAACGUCCGUAUUGCGGAUGCCGGUGUCUUCCCCGAAAUGCCCAGCAUCAAUCCAAUGUUGACUGUGCUGGCUGUCGGAGAGCGUGCCGCAGAAUUGAUUGCCGAAGAGGCUGGAUGGAAGCGUGAACAGCCUCGUCUGUAAACACUUUUCUCUGUCCUUUCCCUAGAACCCCUAGUUGUUUUGUGAAGAAAACCAUGUAGGGGUUGUAUAUGAGCGGCAUGAAAACCACCUGACAUGCCGCACGAUUCAUGAUUUAUGUCCACAACACCAAAUUGAAAAGAAGGAAGACAAAAAGAAAGAAAAAAAGGAAAAGAAAAGUCUGCAUAGCGACAAAAUCAAAUUGUCAGCGUGUAGGAUCGUGCUCAACUCGUUGGGGUUAUCAUAAUACCCCUCCCAUAUUUUGCAUUCCUGUACUAGUUCCUGUGGCUUUGAGAGCGAUGAUAUUUUUAGCGCCUGUAUAUAGCG